UUGUACAAACCGAAACAAAAUUUGGUGCGCCGGAAUAAAGCGAAAAUGCUUUUAAACUUAGAGCGGCGCAGUGGCGCCCUGAUCGUGGUGCUUUACCUAGUCUUGAUCCUAGCCACCGGAGAUGUGGAUGCCAAAUUUAAAUUUAGAUUGGGAGGAAGAAAGUCCUCCUCGCACUCAUCUCAUCGGUCCUCAUCCCAUUCAUCCCAUUCGUCCUCAUCCCACUCUUCUCCUUCUCACUCCUACUCUUCCCACUCGUCGCCUUCUCAGUCCUACUCUUCCCACUCGUCGCCUUCUCACUCCUACUCUUCUCCUUCACACUCGUACUCCUCCCACUCGGAUAGUGGGGGACUUUUAGGCGGCCUAACUUUUAGUCGCAGGCACCGCUACCGUGGAUCCCACUACAACAACCGCAACCGAAACCACAACAGCACCACUGGUGCAGGAAAUACGUAUUACAAUCCUGAAACACUUCCGCAAGGAGCCACCUAUUUGCCCGCAGGAUCAUCCAUGCCAGCAGGAGCCGUUUACUAUCCCCAGGCGCCUCAAAAAUCUUCCUCAGGCUUGGGAUUGGGCACUGGUCUCGUCGCUGGAGCCGUGGGUGGAGCCAUCCUGGGACACGCCCUUACUCCGACUAACACCCAAGUGGUUGGCAGUUCAGCUUCCUCCUCCGGUGGCCACGGAAGUGAUACCAAGAUCAUCGUGAUCAACAACGGACCUCCUGGACCAGUGAACACAACUGAUCUGGGAUCUGGAACUACAGCGAUGAAUGCAGCAGGAAAUCCAGAAUCGGUUUCUCCUUUUCUGCCUGUGCCUCCUUCGUAUGCAGCUCCCCCGGCACCUCCGACCUCUGAAUAUCCAGGACUACCAGUUCCCCCAGCUCCACCAGUUCCUUCCCUGGAUCCCCUGCUACCAACACCGGCUGAUCCAUUCACUCCUCUUCAGCCAAAUGAAACUCCUAUUGCUCCUGGAACUCAGGGUGCUCUUGAAUCUUCUGGUCCGCUGGCUGCCUCAGAUGCAGUUGUUCCCAGUGCGCCACCUGAUGGCCCCCUCAUUUGUGCUCCUAUAAAAGUGACUCAACCGGAUCCAAAUAACUCCACUCAGACCGUAGAGGUGGAACAGAUCGCCUGCUAUCCAGCACCACCACUGCCUCCGGAUUACGAAGAUAUCAGUAUAUCUGGAUCCCAACUGGCACAAAGGACCCUUGGACAUUUAACCCUCAUCCAGAGCUUGGGGAUAUUAGUUGCGAGCUACUGUUUUUACUGAAAACCGAUACUGCAAACAUCUUUAUAACCAAUUCUUACUUAAAGACGAAGUGCUAACCGGGAAGUCUUUUUUAAUGAGUCACAUACUUCAAAUGGUUUCAUUUGCCUGCGAUAGCAUUUUUAAGAAAUGACUCUUAAGAAUUUUAUAUAUAAUUAAUAAAACUUCCUAGAUAUGUAUUUGUUACAGUGG